ACCACUCACAGAGAGAGAGAGAGAGAGAGAGAGAGAGAGAGAGAGAGAACAGAACGAGGCUUGUUGGUCAGUCACCACAGACACUCAUAGGUCAUCUGUCUCUCCGGGCUGUUGGGUCUCAUGGUUUACUCAUGAAUGAAGAAAGGCAGAGGAUGGGAAGCGGUGGACAGCUAAAAAAUCUUUGGGACGGUUCUUGGGAAUGUUAAGGUCACGGAGACCAUUCGUCUGGACGAGGAAACGAGCUUAAAGGGAUUCACUCCGAAUUCUUCACGCGAGAAGGUUUCUCCUGACGGCGUACAGAGAUGGCCAUGGUUAGCGGGGGAUGGGUCAACCCCAACGGCAGCGCUAAUGGACUGAGCGAGAAGGGUUACCUGCGGGGGGAGGAGGAGGGCAGCUCGCCCCGGGCGGGGAACAGCGACGCCGAGGGCGUGGAGGAGGACAAGGCCUGUGUGGUGGACUGUGUGGUGUGUGGGGACAAAUCCAGCGGGAAGCACUACGGCGUUUUCACCUGCGAAGGGUGUAAGAGUUUCUUUAAGAGGAGCAUCAGACGGAACCUCAACUACACCUGCAGGUCAAACAGAGAGUGUCAGAUUGAUCAGCAUCAUCGGAACCAGUGUCAGUACUGCCGACUGAAGAAAUGCUUCCGGGUCGGCAUGAGAAAAGAAGCGGUCCAGCGUGGCCGCAUACCUCCCUCCCAUGCAGGCAUCAGCCCGGCCUCAAUGGUCACAGUAGGUGUCGAUGGAGGAGGAGCUCCAGGCAUGGGCGGAGAUUUUUUUAACGGUCAGGCGGUAUCUGAACUGAUCUCUCAGCUGCUGAGAGCCGAGCCGUACCCCAACAGCCGCUACGGGGCUCAGUGCGGCCAGCAGCUCCCGGGGGCCAACAGCUCCAUCAUGGGCAUCGACAACAUCUGCGAGCUGGCGGCGCGGCUGCUCUUCAGCACUAUCGAGUGGGCGCGGAAUAUUCCCUAUUUUCCCGAACUGCCCGUGUCGGAGCAGGUGGCCCUUCUUAGACUCAGCUGGAGUGAACUGUUUAUCCUGAAUGCUGCUCAAUCGGCCCUGCCCCUUCACACGGCCCCCCUGUUAGCAGCUGCUGGUUUUCACUCCUCCCCCAUGGCCGCCGACCGCGUCGUGUCCUUCAUGGACCAGGUGCGGGUCUUUCAGGACCAGGUGGACAAGCUGACGCGACUGCAGGUGGAUACCGCUGAAUACAGCUGUCUGAAAGCCAUCGCUCUUUUUACACCAGAUGCGUGCGGUCUGUCAGACCCGGCACACGUCGAGAGCCUGCAGGAGAAAGUUCAGGUGGCUUUGACCGAGUACGAGCGCAUGCAGUAUCCGGGUCAGCCCCAGCGCUUCGGCAGACUUCUGCUCCGUCUGCCCGCCCUGAGAGCCGUGCCCGCCAACCUCAUCUCUCAACUCUUCUUCAUGCGGCUGGUUGGCAAGACGCCCAUCGAAACACUUAUCCGGGACAUGCAGCUCUCCGGAAGCUCCAUCAGCUGGCCAUACGUGCCCGGACAGUAGAUGAACACACGGAAGGCUUGUUCCCCGUCCCGUCUCAGGCUUUUCCCCAUGAUUCCACAGUAACUGUGUGGAGAGAUGUUGGUCUUGUACAUACUGAAUGACUAAAGUGACAAGAUGGCACAUGUUCCUAUGCAGAUGAGCCUUGAUGGUUCACAUCAUCAGUAUCAGCAAAUGACCAGAUGGUGAUACGUAUGUGACAUUGAUCCAAAGCUUUAAGAAAGUGUUUAUAAUACAUUCUUACUGAAAGCAUAUGUACUAGUGUAGAUGUACAUUAAGAAUCUUUAUAAAGGACUGCAAUUCUGAAAGGUUGGGAUACAUACCAUAUACUUGAAAAUUCAUUGGUGAACAGUGUGUGGAAUAUUGUACUACACUCUACUGUAUAUUGCAUACUAUUUUUUUAAUAGUAUGUGAAACUGUAUGCAGUAUUCAGCCGUAAAUGCUUGAUGUCACAGGACCUUAUCAUUUUGCAAGUUAAACGUGGUGUUCGGAUAUCCUUUUAGAAAUAAACAUGGCUAUUUUGAGGAUUGAGAUUGUUCAUGUAUGAAGUAGAGAUACAGUAUUGUGUAAAUUGUGCUCUGGUUACACACUGCACAUUUUAGUGAAUGUAACAGAUCAUCAGAAAGGACAAAAUUGGAAUACUAUGCAUUUGACACAUAAUACAUGCUGUAGUAUGCUAUUCUGAACAUGUUGUCUUGUUUUAAACAGGUCUAUUCACUUUUUUACUCUGUUAAAGACUUGGUAUAAAGUUUUACAUUGCUGCCUGUGGAAAUUAUCAAAUAUUUUUGCAAGCUAAACAUACAAAAUGAAUGAUUAACAUACAAGCUCUUAUGUAAGACCAUUUGUAAACAAAGUUGCAUUUUCACGCGUGUUUUGAAAAAAUAAAAUAAAUAAACUGCAAACAAGUGAAAA